UACGCACAGUGAGCGUGUACGCGCACAUUCCCUUCCGUGGUGCUUUGGUUCAACCUGCUGUCUACCCUCGGCGAGGGGCAAAGCGUGACUCGAAGUCUAUUUAAACUUCCCCGUGCAGGGAAUUUAGAUAAACGACGGCUUGCGUUCGACGUUGAGGGAGUUGGCUUGCAGUCUGAGAGAGCGCUUUUAAUUGCAUUUUUAUGGAGAGCCCGCACAUGCAAUAACAUAGGAAGGAUUUUAAAUUUUGUCGGGGGAGCGUGGAGUAUUCACGAGUUCCACUGAUCAAUCCAUCGGUUGCCAUCAAGUGACGGUUCGUUUGCCGAGAGCAUCUGAGGGCAGAUGCGCUCCAAGCAGAAUUGAAGGGUCGUUCCGAAGAAUGUGGCAAUUGCAAUCGUUUCGCUAAUAUUUUCGAUAGCACACUUAUUUUGUCAACUCAUUGCUCCACGCUGGUGUGGCUCGCCGUCGUUCUUUCACUCUCUUGUCUGUGUUACCCAGAGAAAACAAGGAUCACUUGUGCUUUUUUUCUAUACAAAAAAGGAAGUAAACGCGUUUAAAGCCGUCAGAUAAUGGGGAGCACGGCGACGGACGCGAAGAAGAAAGAUGUUAAGAAGAAGAACUCAAAGAAGAAGAGGACUCUUCGUCUUAACAUGCCGGACCUCAGCUCCUUCGCCAUGCCCUUCCUGGAGGGGGACCCGGGGGCCAGCGACAAGGACGGAGUGCGCAAGGGGGAGGUGAGCUGCCACUCUGCCAGCCCCACCAAAGGCUUCUUCAUGAGGGGCCCCUUCAGCCGCCCAUCCAGCCCCAUGUCGGCCCCGGCCAGGGCCCGGUUCAGCCCUGGCUCCCCGAAAACCAUCUUCCCGUACCCGCCCCACCAGGACUCCCCGCCCAAGUCCCCCCGGCGCAUGAGCUUCAGCGGGAUCUUCCGCUCCUCCUCCAAAGACUCCUCCGCCUCCAACACCUCCACCUCCACCUCCCCGGUCAGCAUCAAGCUCUUCUCACGGGCCCGCAAAGCCUCCGGAGUGUCCUCGCCGCCCACCACCCCGACCCAGGCUAGCAAGCAGCCCCCCUUCCCCCUGGAGGCGUAUAGGAAUGAGCCGGAACGACUGGAGGCCCGCAUGCGUUCCUUCUCCUCCCCGCCCGACACGGGCCAGCGCUUCAGCCUGCCCCACGCCAAGCCCCCGGCGCCCUCCUCCGCCCCCGUCACUACCUCGCACCACGUCCACGGUCUAGCUGAAGGUAUGCUGGAGAAACUUGAUCUCGAGGAUGAAGCAGCUGCAGAAGAAUCAGAGAGUGACAUUUACAUGCGGUUUAUGAAGUCCCACAAGUGCUACGACAUCGUCCCCACCAGCUCCAAGCUUGUUGUCUUCGACACGACUUUGCAAGUUAAGAAGGCUUUCUUCGCCCUCGUGGCCAACGGCGUCCGAGCAGCUCCACUGUGGGAGACCAAGAAGCAGAGCUUUGUGGGCAUGUUAACGAUCACAGACUUCAUCAACAUCCUGCACCGGUACUACAAGUCGCCCAUGGUACAAAUCUAUGAGUUAGAGGAACAUAAGAUUGAGACAUGGAGAGAGCUGUAUCUACAAGAAACAUUCAAGCCUUUAGUAAACAUAUCCCCCGAUGCAAGUAUAUUCGAUGCCGUGUACUCACUGAUCAAGAACAAAAUCCACCGGCUGCCCGUCAUCGACCCCGUGACCGGGAACGCACUUUACAUCCUCACACACAAGAGGAUCCUCAAGUUCCUGCAGCUUUUCGUGUGUGAGAUGCCAAAGCCCGCCUUCAUGAAGCAGACCCUGGAGGAGCUGGGGAUAGGUACCUACAGCGACAUCGCCUUCAUCCACCCCGACACGCCCAUCAUCAAAGCGCUCAACAUCUUCGUGGAGAGGAGGGUGUCAGCCCUGCCCGUGGUGGACGAGUCAGGAAAGGUUGUUGAUAUUUAUUCCAAAUUUGAUGUCAUAAACCUGGCCGCUGAAAAGACCUACAACAACCUGGACAUCACGGUGACCCAGGCCCUGCGGCACCGGUCACAGUACUUCGAGGGGGUCAUGAAGUGCAACAGGCUGGAGACGCUGGAGACCAUCGUGGACAGGAUAGUGAAGGCGGAGGUGCAUCGGCUGGUGGUGGUGGAUGAGAACGCCUGCAUCGUGGGCAUCGUCUCGCUGUCGGACAUCCUGCAGGCUCUGGUGCUCACGCCAGCAGGUGCCAACAGGAAGGAGAGCGAGGCGGAGUGAAGUGGUUGCUGGGAUACGCGACACGAUGCUGCUGUGGGGGGAAGAGAUGAAGUGGAGAGUGGGCGGGGCCAAGGCCCGGGGGCGGCGCCUGCCAUUGGCUGAGGAUAAGAUGGGGCUGGGUCCUGAACUGUGUGCUGUGAUAAGGGAGGGAAAGGAAGUGAUGGGCGGGGGCAGAACCGGCAGAGUGGGGAGCCUAGGGAUUGGUUUUUAACAUUUAGGGGGAGGGACGGGGGGAGGGGCCUGCCUCUCUUUCUCUCGGUACUGUAGGGGAAGUCAGUUUUCAAAACCAUGCCUUUUUUUUUUUUUUUUUUUUUAAGAUGUACACCCACAUUACCUCCUGGUGUCAACGCACACCCUCAACACCCUAAAUAAUCAGAUGUGCUUUUUUUCUGUUGGGCUUUAGUGGCAGGGCAUUUGUAUUUAUUCUGAGGGUGUGUGUUUUUAUUUGCCUCCCUCAUCGCUACUGUAUUAUCAUCGCAGAGACACUUGAGCUUUGUGGCAGAGUUCGCGCAAAGGCUUUGACCCGAGCGGACAAUCCGGUCUGGACCGGUCACCCAAUCAGCACGUAUCGAAUCCCCCGCAAUCCUCUGCAGUUCCUCUGGGGCGGGGCGGGGGGGGAAGCCCCUGCCACAUGAUGUCACGGUGACAGGAGGUGGAGCCAUGCCAAGCCCCCCCCAUGUCAUUAGUGCCUUCUGUCCACCAGAGUCGCCCAUCACCGGCUGCUGCUAUGGAGAUUGUUCCAGAACACCCAAGAACCCGAAUGUGAAAGUCUUCAAAACCAAAACGAUUUCAGAAUGUGGGAUGUGGCGUCACUAACUGAGUUAACAGAGUUUAUACUCAAAUUCAAGAUUUAAGAUUUUUUUUUUCCUUUCUUUCUUUUAAAGAAUCUAAAGUUUUGAUCUGCAUUUUCACGAGAUGUCUGGGAAAAGAAAUGCUGUAAAGAUAUUAAAUAGAUAUUAAAAAAAGAGCUUUAUUUAUUUUUUUUAAAUAGCGAUUUCUUUUUUUGUGGAAUUAACUUGAGUUGGUUGAUGGUGAGUCUAUGCAUUAAGAUGACGGUAAAGUACUUUUAAUGUUAGGCACAAUGCAAAAGGCAGCAGAUACUCAAAUGUCCACG